CCCUGGCAUUUUGCUCUUUGCCCACGUACUACGAAGAGGUCAUUAACGUAAACAAAGCCCCAGUCACUCCAGUAGGCCAAAUGGCGCAACAAACCCACAACCAAUUUUACUUUAUACUCAUUCCUAAAAAGGAGAGCGAUCCAAUGAGAGAGACAGAGAUAGAGAGAGACAGGGAGAGAGAAAAAAAGACAUGGAGGGAGGGAGGCAGUGGCAGAGAAUGUGUGUCUGUGUAGAGAGGAAGAGUGAUAGAGAGACAGAGAGACUGAGUGUGACAAAGUUGUCAUGGUAACAAAGUGCAGUGAGCGGCACCAAAAUCGGCUGUGCACACCCUGCUUAAGGGUCCUCUUCUCUAUUUUCUUCCGCCUACAAACUCGUACUUCUCAGGAACCCCAGAAAUGUCCCGAAAGUUCUGAAGAGGGGCGGGAUGCCCGCCGUGAUUGGUUGGAGUUGCUUUUGGGUAGGACCUGGACCCCUAAAAGCCUCACUCAUGGCGCGAAAUCACUGGAAAAUUCCUGAGCAAGAUGGGGGAGAGAAAGAGAAGGGAACACCGCCCCAGGAACGCUGUGAUUGGCUGACACAUGCGGAAAAGAAUAGGUCCUUGGGAGAAUAAAUAAAUACUGAGCAUUGCAGCUGCUUCUGACAACCUGCGAAUUGGAGUAACUGCGCCACUGAAACUUCCGAAAUUUCUCGGAACAUAGAGGCUCCGAAACCUUCGCGAGUCAGCCAUAAUUGAAGCCUUCUGGAAAAUCCCGAGUAAAGGCGUAUUUUUCCCAAGGCGCUUGCGCUCCCGCAAGAGGAACCUGUUCCGUGAGGAUUGUACUUGCAGUUUCCUGGACUGAGCUUCCAGAAUCAGAAUUCUGGAGACAUUUUCCAAGAUGUCAUCUGCCAAAGGUACCGCCAUCGGCAUCGAUCUGGGCACCACCUACUCCUGCGUGGGAGUGUUCCAGCAUGGCAAGGUGGAGAUCAUUGCCAAUGACCAGGGCAACCGAACCACCCCCAGCUAUGUGGCCUUCACAGACACAGAGAGACUCAUUGGAGAUGCAGCCAAAAACCAGGUGGCCAUGAAUCCUCAGAACACAGUCUUUGAUGCCAAAAGGCUGAUUGGUCGCAAAUUUGGAGAUUCCGUGGUACAAUCCGAUAUGAAGCACUGGCCCUUCCAGGUGAUAAAUGAUGGAGGUAAGCCUAAAGUUCAAGUGUCCUACAAAGGUGAAAACAAGGCCUUCUAUCCUGAGGAGAUCUCCUCCAUGGUGUUGACCAAAAUGAAGGAGACUGCGGAGGCCUACUUGGGUCAUGCAGUCACCAAUGCAGUCAUCACUGUCCCAGCCUAUUUCAAUGACUCUCAACGCCAGGCCACCAAGGAUGCUGGAGUGAUUGCUGGCCUGAAUGUGCUGAGAAUCAUCAAUGAACCUACAGCAGCUGCCAUUGCUUAUGGACUAGAUAAAGCUAGUCAGGGAGAGCGACAUGUACUGAUCUUUGAUCUGGGUGGGGGCACUUUUGAUGUCUCCAUUCUUACCAUUGAUGAUGGGAUUUUUGAGGUGAAAGCCACUGCAGGAGACACCCACCUGGGUGGGGAGGACUUUGAUAAUCGACUAGUAAAUCACUUUGUUGAGGAAUUCAAGAGAAAACAUAAGAAAGAUAUUAGCCAGAACAAGCGGGCUGUGAGAAGACUUCGAACAGCCUGUGAAAGGGCUAAGAGAACCCUGUCUUCCAGCACCCAAGCCAAUCUUGAAAUUGACUCCUUAUUUGAAGGCAUUGACUUUUACACUUCUGUCACCAGGGCAAGGUUUGAAGAGCUGUGCUCAGAUCUGUUCCGGGGUACCCUGGAGCCUGUAGAGAAAGCCCUGCGAGAUGCCAAGAUGGACAAAGCCAAAAUCAAUGACGUUGUCCUUGUGGGUGGCUCCACCCGAAUCCCCAAAGUACAGAAACUACUGCAGGAUUUCUUCAAUGGCAGAGACCUGAACAAGAGCAUCAACCCUGAUGAGGCUGUAGCCUAUGGAGCAGCAGUGCAGGCAGCCAUUCUGAUGGGUGAUAAAUCAGAGAAAGUGCAGGACCUGUUGCUGUUGGAUGUGGCUCCCCUUUCCCUGGGGCUGGAGACAGCAGGAGGUGUGAUGACAGCACUGAUCAAACGCAACUCCACCAUCCCCACCAAACAGACCCAGAUCUUUACCACCUAUUCUGACAACCAGCCGGGUGUACUGAUCCAGGUAUAUGAGGGAGAACGGGCCAUGACCAAGGACAACAACCUUCUGGGUCGUUUUGACCUGAGUGGCAUUCCCCCUGCCCCCCGUGGUGUCCCCCAGAUUGAGGUAACCUUUGAUAUAGAUGCCAAUGGAAUUCUGAAUGUCACAGCUAUGGAUAAGAGCACAGGCAAAGCCAACAAGAUCACCAUCACUAAUGAUAAAGGUCGCCUGAGCAAGGAAGAAAUUGAGCGAAUGGUGCGUGAUGCAGAAAAAUAUAAAUCAGAAGAUGAGGCCCAGAGGGAGAAAGUUGCUGCUAAAAAUGCUCUGGAAUCUUAUGCCUUCAACAUGAAAAGUGCAGUGGAAGAUGAAGGUCUGAAAGGAAAGAUUAGUGAGGAAGACAAGAGAAAAGUGCUGGAGAAAUGCCAAGAGGCUAUCUCUUGGCUUGAUGCCAACCAGCUGGCUGAAAAAGAAGAGUUUGAGCAUAAGAGAAAGGAAUUAGAGCAGGUGUGUAACCCUAUUAUUACUGGUCUUUACCAGGGAGCUGGUGGUCCUCCUGGGGAAAGUUAUGGGGCUCAGGCCCAGCAUUCAAGCUCUGGAACAGGCCCCACUAUUGAAGAGGUGGAUUAAUUGUAUUUUCUUCCACCACUUGACUAUGUUACACUUUGAGCUUCUGGGAAUUUGGGUGAUCUUUCCUUCCAUAUUAUGAUUUUGCUCCUUUAAAUUCCCUAUCAUGCUUAUAUAAUAAUUGUGAGAUAUUAUAGACCUCUGCCCUUUUAAUGUUUCAUUUUUAUUUUUUUCCCUCAGCUUGGGAGUGAAUAUUGUUAUGUACUUGUUCAUAACUCAUUUAUUUUUACUUUUAUUUUCAGUAGUAAAUGACUUAGAAAAUAGGAAAAAUAAACUAUCAAAAUGAA